UCCACAUUAAAGUGUUCACGGAAGACUUUGGUGUUAUUGGCUUCGCCCCUUUUCCACUCGUGUCGUGGACCAGGCCAGUAGAGUAGCCAUGCAGCACCGCCGUCCUGUUGCUCCGAGGCCAGUGGGCCAGCCCUGAAGAGGGGGAAACAACUGCUGCUACUGCUGCUGCUGCUGCUUCUGCUGCUCAGGCUUCAGUUGGCUGGGUGAGGCUGAGGCGGCUCGAGGAUGCAGCAAGGGAGCUGAGGAGGAGACUCCCGAGCUAACAGCCCCGACACACACAUCCAGAGCUGCUGCUGCUGCUGCUGCUGCGCACAGCCCUCCAUCAGGGGGGACUCUCUAGUCGGCCUGGACCAUGAGCAAUGAGUCUACCGUCUGGAACAUCCUACCAGAAAACUCCACAGAGAUCCCAUUCGAAGCCGAGGAGCAGCAGGAUGGUUCCGUGCUCCUCCUGGUGAUCCUCUCCAUCUUCCUGGUAGGGACGCUGAUCUUCAUCUCUGUCUUCCUCAUCGCCUGCCGCCGCUGCUGUCGAGGAGGGCAAUGCUGUGCAAGGGCCAGCAAUGACCCUGAGAAAACCAACACCACCUACAUGGAGGAGUCUCAGCCCACCCACGAAAUCACCAUCAGGGUGGAUGAGUCGGACUGCCUGUCCAUGGCCAGCUCUCACGACCAAGAGACGGAGCGUUUCCUCUCCACGGGCCCCACGGGCCGCCGCGUCUCCUUCAAUGAGGCUGCGCUCUUCGAUCAUGGCAAGAAGGCCCAGGAGAAGGGCCGCAGGUACACUCUGACCGAGGGCGACUUCCACCACCUGAAGAACGCCCGGCUGACCCAUCUCCACAUAACUCCACCGGCCCUCAAGAUAGUCACCAUCCACGAGUGUGACUCAGCAGAGAACACAAUCACCGCGACAACGCGUCCCGUCGCUAAGUCAGCACUUUCCAUCUUCCAGCCGAUGCUGUGUCCGCUACCACAAACAGCGUUGACAAGCCUCAGUGUCAGUCCCAGCGGCGCUCUUCCUGGAGAUGCUCUCAACUCUGUGGUGGACACCAGCUUCUGCAUGAACACUGUGGCUCUGAGCACCAAGGAGCCGAGCGCUAGCUCUAUCGAGAUGAUGGGAGCCGGGCCCCGGGGCAGAGGCAGCAGUGUCAGCGUUGGGGAAGGGGCCGCGCUGGGGAGCGCUGCCUCUCCAGCCGGCGGCGGUGCAGGCAGCCAGAGGCCCGUGCUGCAGUUCUUGACUAAACUGCGGCGCCAUGCUAGUCUGGAGGGAGCCAGUCCCUACUUCAAGAUCAAGAAGUGGAAGCUGGACAGCAGCCAGAGAGCCUCAAGUCUGGACACCAGAGGCUCUCCGAAGAGGAGGCAGUUCCAGCGCCAGCGAGCCGCCAGCGAGAGCAUGGACCAGGACGACAACGACGCUCACCACAUAGACCUCAUCCAGUACAUCGCCCGCACCCAGGACGUCACCUACCGUCCCAGCCAGCCCACCACACGCCUCCUCUCGCCUCCUUCCACACCACCCCCCUCCCUCGGCAGGGUAGAGGUGGAGGUGAUGGUGGAGCCCAGCUGCAGCCAAGGAGGACCAGGGGUGAUUGGCUUGUCCCCUGAUCCUCAAGAAGAAGCACGAUCCAUGGCAAGAAGGGACGGCGUCCCUUUGGACCCCCUCGACCCCCUCGACCCCCAGGAUCCCCAAACACUUUACCGAGACAUCUGGUCGCUACGUGCAACGCUCGAACAGUACGCCGCCUCCGACCAAAGCAGCAACAAUGACAGGAACUCAGUCUGCAGUGAUGCUGACAGUGUGUGUUCGCUGGGCGGACGCACCGAGACCGAAAGAGGAGGGCUCCCCAGCUACCCAUCCCAGGAUUUAGGGGAUGAGGCAGAGGGUGGAGAGGAUGACAAGGACUUCUUUGUGUAUAUUGAUGAGAGGUUGGGAGGGAAGGAGUCGAAAAAGAGAAAACAAGCAAGCACAGAAUCAGAGCGAGGGGCCAGUGAUGGAGAAACAGGGACCCGCAAACUGCUGCAGAUGGACAGCGGCUAUGCAUCGAUAGAAGCUCCAUCUCGAGGUCCAGAAGACCUGCGACUGUUUGGGAGCAGCAGCAUCAGCGGGAGCCCUAAAGACAGAACAGCCCACGAGAAAAGACACCAUUUCACCAACGCAGGGCGAACGGGUACGAUUGGCGAAAGUUUUGAGUCUCAUCUCUUCGAGGAGGAGCCUGAAGAUGAGUUGCUGUUGGGUGCCAGUGGGGGAGUUUCCACUGAAGCGAGUGCUGGUUCACUGAGCUGGUUCCCAUAUGGCCAGAUGCUGACUCCUCGAGAGGCUACGCUGCCUCCACCUGCACCGCUAACCCUGCACCGGCGGGACUACAGCAUAGACGAAAAGACCGACGCGCUCUUCCACGAGUUCCUCCGCCAUGACCCUCAGUUUGACCAGCAGGAGUCGCCGCUAAGAAAGCACCGUUCCCGAAUCCACCUCCGCAAGCAGUGGCAGCGGCACAAGCAGUGGAGCGACCCCGGCGUCAGGCACUUCCAGUCCUCCUUUGAGAGACAGCGAACCCCGCUACGGAGGGGCGACAGCGUAAACUACCCCCUGGACACGAGCUACCACAGCACACUGCCCCGCAUUGUAAGCGCUCCAGACGAGGAGACCAGCGACGGGACCGGCAGCACUCCAGACACCCCAAAGUUAGAACCCACAGAGGAUGGAGGGAAGGGCAAGGGGCAGGGUGUCACCGUCAGAGAGGACCACCCAUCCUCAUCUCCUCCACCUCUUCAUACCUCCAUCUCAGAAAAAGACGGGGUUCUAGUCGAGCAACCCGACCCUCAGGAGGACAGCAAACAGUCCGGACACCCGCCCGAACCCCCGGAUGAGCGUUCGCCCCCUCAGCUGCCCGACUCCUCAGGCUACGGCCCGCAAACCAUCACGGCGGAGCUCACGGACAAACUGACUGCUAACCUGGAUGAGAGGCUGUACAGGGGCCUUCGCAGGACCAAGGAAACAGCCACCGAGUGCGUGAUGGUGACGGCCACGCACGCCUCUCCGGACCACAGCCCAGUGUAGCAGGGCUCCAGUCGUCCUCCUCGUCAAACCUCGCUCCUCCUGCUGACACACACUGUUCUCUCUGUUUGGUCUGUCUCGCCUCGGUUUAAAUGUGUCUCCGCUCAAACGGUGGGUGACCCGCACCCGUAAAGAAACCAUGCAAAAUAUGCUUUAAAUCAGAUACACAGCUAUUCCCAGAUAAUCGUAGAUGCAGUCGAUCCGCCAGAAAUGCAUCCCGUCUCUCUGUGUAAGUGUUAGCAUUACGAAAGCUGUUCAGUGUUGCCAUUUUACAAGCAAAAUACAAAUCAAAAAUAAGAGCUAACAUAUCAGAACUCAUGUUAUUUUAGUAAUAAUUGCUUCCUCAUUGAUUGUUUCUGUGUCUGUGGUCUAUUUAUGUCUCUACUGCUGUCUUUCUUGUCUCCAGUAAGAAUAAGUGAAGCUGAGGGCUGGUGUGGCCUCUUUACUCUUUGAUCCACUGUGAAACCAGGUGCUAUUAGACAAGUAGAAAGCUACUGAACUGGACACAACAGAUACCUACAAGUCCUGUGAUCCUACAUAAUUGGAUAAUAAUGUAGUUUUAUCAUAUUUAUAAUAGAAAAGAUUUGUUAGAAUAUCCUAAUUAAUCUGUCCAAACUAUAUGAAGCAUCAUUUAUCUCGAUGUCUAGCCUAUUUCGGGAUCUUAAAGUCCAUCCCAAAAAUAAGAGGAGGCAAAUCACGUAGAGCUAAUCAGACCAUUUUUUUUUUUAGGUUCCCAGUCUGUGGGUCGAGACCCCUGGAAGUGGUCUUCAAAUGAUAAAAAAGCCAGAAAAGUUUCUGCUAGAAUAUAAAAUUGAAGAUAUCUUUUAAUUCAGUGUGUGACUGGUUACGAUGUUUGCUGUUUUUGACCGAAAAUGCUUCUCAGCUUUUGUGACAAAUAUCUUGUUUACUUUUAUCAGUUUGUUCAAUGAGUAGUAAUAUAUUUUUGUACGUCUGCAUUGCUUAAAUGACAAUGAAAAACUGACAGCGUGGCAGGUUUGGAGAGGACACGUCCUGCACCGACAGACAGAACUAUCAGACUAGACUCCAGCACCGGGGUGUAGUUAGUGGCAGAUAUAUAACAGUAACGUACGACUCCAUAAGCUAUGACUCUUAGUAUUUUGUGCAUCAACUGACUUGUGCACAGGUUUACAGCCAUGACAUGGGCAGUUACAUUAAAGCUUGUUAAGGCUGCUCUCUCAGACAAUUUAUACGAAAAGGCAUGUUUUCUCGUGCACGGGACUCACAAAACUUAUUUGUCCACAUACGACAUUCUUAUUUUCCCUCCUCCUCUUCUCCUCUUGAGAAAGUUACCAGUGCAGUCGAUGCCUCCCUCGAGGGCUGAAGACUUCCUGCCAGCUUAUAAAACCAAACCGAACAAAGACCAUAUUUAUAUUUAACUCCAUUUAUUUUUUUCCCCUCCUAUUUUGCGUCUUCUUUAACCUUCAACCACAUCAUCAGAUUAUGUCCUGCGGGCAAAGAAUGCAUGCAAUGAGCGGAAUCUGCUUUUACAUUCUCAGCAUCAGCAGCAGGUUGAUUGUAACCCAGUUUUGCUCAUGAAACGUUUUUCUUCGAGGGCUCUUUCUCUCUCUCUCUCUCUCUCUCUCUCCCACGUGCAGUGAGGGGAUCACUGCAGAAGAUGGUGUUGAAUAUUAAUCAUAAGAGGGGAAGGGAAGUCCUCCUGGCAUCCCCUGUUUCCCCCCCUUCCUCAUGCAUCGAGGUUGCAGUAAACGGAAACAAAUAUUACCCUCCUUUCUUUGUUUGGGUGGAUGGAUGGUGAUGAUGCUGCCCAGAUUAGAUCUUUCUCCCGUGCAUGACAGGAGUAUCCUCUUGUGGCUAAGUGGACUCCGAGGCAGCAGCAGCAGCGUUGCUCAUUAGAGGAACAAUGACUGAGAUGAAAGGAGGUGUUCUCAAAUGAAGAGCAGAGAGCUGAGCGUUUAAAAAAAAAAAGAAGAUUUUUAUUGCUCUCUCUCUUUUAUUUCAGGCAAACCCUCAUCCACACACACACGCUGAACCAUUAUGUCACUAUUAAGAAACACGACGCUCUGGCACAAAUUUGUUGAUGCUAAUUAGCAGGAAGGGAAUAAAAUAUCAGUAAUCCCCCACUCGCAGUUAUGAUGAAAGUGAUGAUAAUUACUCAGCAAAUUCUGGUGAAAGAGGGAAGACAGCUGCAUUUCCCACAGAUCAAAAGCCAAAAAAAAAUGUCUCAGAAAUGAGUCAGUGUGAGAGGACGACACUACAGCAAACCACAGAGAAAAUAGCCAUGAUUGAAUUCAAAUCAGUACAUUUGUACAAAUAUUUGAGUCUGCUGUGUAUACAAGCACAAAGUCACAAGAGCUAGACGAAAUCGAUGUCCUUUGCUACGUUUAGACAGAUGCUGUAUAACUGGAGACACUGUUGUAAAUGGUGUUUGUAUACUAACCAGUAGCCUGUCAAAUGCAUCGAUGCAUAGCCAUGUGUAGGUCUGCAUGAGAGUUAACAUUUUAGUACAAAUCUUCAUGUUUUCUCAGACUUAUGGUACAAACUGAUCGAGUCCAUAGUUAAUGCUCAUUUGUUUCAGGCAGAAGUCAAAACAUUGGUAUGACUAGAGAUUUUGUACUUUAUGGAAUCCACUUUUAAGAGUCAUGCUAGGAUGCUGUAACCGACGAGAUUUUGUGAGAUUUAUCUCUUUGAAAGUAGAAGUAUUUCUGUAUUCCUUGCUUGUUAGUAAACUGCUUAAUUUCUCAAAGGACAAAAAAAAAGAAAAAAAAAAAGAUGAGCUUUCUUAACUUUGCUUUUGUUGAUCCAAAUCUAUUGAGCCGUGAGGGACCAAAUCAUUAAAAAAAAAAAAAAAAAAGAAGUGUUAUUUUAGGGUUGUUUUCCAAUCUGUGAAUAAAUGAAUGAAACAAAAA